AUGACACAGCGCACGAUGCGCAAUAGGGUGGCGCACGUGCAACUUCCAGAGCUAAGUGGACACUCGCGUAAGGUAUAUGCGCUUGGAUUUAACUGUAAUGGCUCCAUGCUAGCCUCAGGAUCCAAUGACCGCAGUAUCCGCAUCUGGAACCCCGUCACUGAACGGGAGUUAAUGGAGUUGCGUGGUCAUUCGGAAUCGAUUCUGUCAUUGAUGUGGGACCCUACGAUGCCUCAUCGCCUGGCGAGCACGGGUGCCGACAAGACCGUGCGCUUCUGGGACACCAAGACCGGUCGCAUCGUCAACAGCAUUUCGCUACCCAGCGAUGCUGUCAAUAUUGCCUACAGUCAUGACGCCAAGUAUGUCGUGGUAGGAAAUCUGGACUGCAUUACACUCAUUGACACGCACAAAGCGCGCGUGGUGCGGCGAGUCGUGAACCCUUUCGAGUCCUUUGAGAUGCAGUUCAGCAAGUCAGGAUUUCUGUUCGUAGCGGCUGGUCAUGCAGCAGGUUUUGGGACCUUCGAGAUCAUGCGAGUGGUAUCCGAGCAGAAGGGUAACCCCAAUCUGGAAAGCGCGCUUAAGGUUACUGCACAUGCAGGAAGCUGCGUUUGCUUGGACUUUCACCCGUUUGGAAGAUACUUGGUUUUAGGAGGGGUGGACUCGCUCGUAAGCCUCUGGGACUUGGAGGAGCUCUACUGCGCCAAAACGUUUGUCGUCACAACAUCGGGCAUUCGGUUUGUUCGCUUUAGCCACGACGGCAAAUUUAUAGCAAUUGGCAUGGACGACCCCAAUUUGAUUGUGGUGGACGUGGAAAGCGGGGAGGAAGUCGUCAAUCUGCAACUUCAGAAUACUCUACAGAACUUGAGUUGGCACCCCAGCAAGAACCUGCUUGCCUACGUUGGUGACAAGGCUUCGAGUGAAAAGAACUUCAAUCGCGACGGUGUAAUCAAAAUGAUCGAGAUGAAGGAAUAG